AUGGUGUCCAUGAGCACCGCGCCCAAGCCGCUUGAGGCCGCGGCGGCCGCCGUGGGAGGGGGCGGCGGGGACGGAGGGGGAGGGGGAGGCGGAAAAGGCGGGAAGGGGAAGGAGCAGCAGCAGCAGGUGGCGGUGGCCGCGGGGCCGCCGAUGGCCGUGCCGGCGGACGCGGCGGCCGCGGAGGACGCCAGGAUGAAGGUCAGGAAGCCCUACACCAUCACCAAGUCCCGGGAGAGCUGGACCGAGCCCGAGCACGACAAGUUCCUCGAGGCGCUGCAGCUGUUUGAUCGUGAUUGGAAAAAGAUAGAAGCAUUUGUUGGCUCGAAAACUGUGAUACAGAUAAGGAGCCAUGCACAGAAGUACUUUUUGAAGGUUCAAAAGAACGGUACAGGCGAACAUUUACCACCGCCUCGGCCGAAGCGUAAGGCAGCCCAUCCAUAUCCGCAGAAGGCCUCUAAAACUGCCCCUGUAGCAUCCCAAGCUGUUUUAUCACAACAACCUGCUCCUCCUCCCCCUCCUCCGAGGGAUCAAGAUAGUGUUAAUGUGUCUAUGGAUGCAUCUAUGGUUGUACCAAGCACAAAUGCAAAUGCCGUGGUGCCUUCCUGGGACAAUGCUCUUGUUCAACCUACACAAGUUACAAGUGCCAUUGCCACAAAUAACUGCUCUAGCAGUAUAGAGAGCCAAUCUGGAACGUGGCCAACCUCUGAAGCAGUUGAACAAGAAAACGUGCUGCCACAGAUGCGGGCUAUGCCAGAUUUUUCCCAGGUAUACAACUUCCUGGGAAGUGUAUUCGAUCCAGAUACAACUGGACAUUUGCAGAGGUUAAAGGCAAUGGAUCCUAUUGAUGUGGAAACGGUACUACUGCUCAUGCGAAAUCUAUCCAUGAACUUGAUUAACCCAGAAUUUGAGGCCCAUAGGCAGUUGCUCUCGUCGUAUGGUUCUGGUGGAGACGAAAAUAAACCUGAAGGCAUGGAAAAUCUCGGGUCCCAGAGUAGCCAUCUCCCAUCCAUGGUAACGAGUGAGUGA